UCUGGAGGCACUGUGGCAGCCAGGGGACAGAUGCUAGCCCAAGUCCAGUCAAGGCAAAUCUGUGUAGAUGAGCCCCCUGCAUAUGAGUCCUCAGGAACCAGUAUCACCGUGGACAUUGCUGUGAUGGGUGAAGCUCACGGGCUCAUUACAGACCUGCUGGCUGACCCCUCCCUGCCCCCCAACGUCUGCACGUCCCUGAGGGCAGUGAGCAACCUGCUCAGCACCCAGCUAACCUUCCAGGCCAUCCACAGGCCCCGAGUGAACCCCGCCGUUUCCUUUAGUGAGAACUACACCUGCUCAGAUUCCGAGGAGAAUUCUGAAAAAGACAAGAUGGCAAUUCCCAAGCGCUUGAGGAGAAGUUUGCCACCAGGCUUGUUAAGAAGAGUUUCAUCAACUUGGACAACCACAACCUCUGCCACAGGUCUGCCCACCUUGGAGCCCGCACCAGUACGGAGGGACCGUAGCGCCAGCAUCAAGCCGCAUGAAGCACCUUCCCCCAGUGCUGUUAUUCCUGAUUCUUGGAACAACCCAAUGAUGAUGACCCUCACCAAAAGCAGAUCCUUCACUUCAUCUUACACUGUUUCUUCAGCAAACCACAUAAAAGCUAAAAAGCAAAACCGACCAGGUGCCCUAGCUAAAAUUUCACCCCUUUCAUCACCCUGUUCCUCACCUCUCCAAGGCACUCCUGCCAACAGCCCGGUCAGCAAAAUUUCAUCAGUGCAGUUUCCAGAAUCUGAAGAUACAACUGCCAAACAAGGCCCGAGUUCUCACCGGCCCUUAACCUACACUCAGAGUGCUCCUGACCUGCCUCCUCAGAGCCUGCCUGUUGUAUGUAGCAGCUGUGGCAGACCGUACUCCCAAGGGAAUCCUGCUGACGGGCCCCUGGAGAGAAGUGGUACAGCUACUCGAGCACCAAGCAGAACAGAUGACACCGCCCAAGUUACGUCUGAUUAUGAAACCAAUAACAACAGUGACAGCAGUGACAUUGUGCAGAACGAAGAUGAGGUGGAGUGCCCAAGAGAGCCACUGAGGAAAGUGUCAACCUGUGGCACCUAUGGUCCUGAGGAUGUGAUGUUCCUGGACAAGCCAAUUCUUGCCCCUGACCCUCUUGUCAUGGACAACCUGGACUCAAUUAUGGAGCAGCUAAAUACGUGGAAUUUUCCAAUUUUUGACUUAGUGGAAAAUAUAGGAAGAAAAUGUGGUCGUAUUCUUAGCCAGGUAUCAUACAGACUUUUUGAAGACCUGGGCCUGUUUGAAGCUUUUAAAAUCCCAGUUAGAGAAUUUAUGAAUUAUUUUCAUGCUUUGGAGAUUGGAUACAGGGAUAUUCCUUAUCAUAACAGAAUCCACGCUACGGAUGUCUUACAUGCCGUUUGGUAUCUUACUACCCAGCCGAUUCCAGGCCUGUCCACUGUCAUUAAUGACCAUGGAUCAGCCAGCGAUUCAGAUUCUGAAAGUGGACUCACACACGGGCAUAUGGGAUAUGUGUUCUCAAAAAUGUACAGUGUGCCCGAUGAUAGAUACGGAUGUCUGUCUGGGAACAUCCCUGCCUUAGAGCUGAUGGCCCUGUACGUAGCUGCAGCCAUGCAUGACUAUGACCACCCUGGAAGGACGAAUGCUUUCCUGGUGGCCACUAGUGCUCCUCAGGCGGUGCUGUACAAUGACCGUUCAGUCCUGGAAAACCAUCAUGCAGCUGCUGCAUGGAACCUCUUCAUGUCCAGGCCAGAGUACAACUUCUUAGUUAACCUUGACCAUGUGGAAUUUAAGCAUUUCCGUUUCCUAGUCAUCGAAGCAAUUUUGGCCACUGACCUGAAGAAACACUUUGACUUUGUAGCAAAACUGAAUGCCAAGGUGAAUGAUGAUGUCGGAAUAGAUUGGACCAAUGAAAACGAUCGGCUCCUGGUGUGUCAGAUGUGUAUAAAGUUAGCUGAUAUUAAUGGGCCAGCUAAAUGUAAAGAACUUCAUCUUCAGUGGACAGAGGGCAUCGUCAAUGAGUUUUAUGAACAGGGUGAUGAAGAGGCUAGCCUUGGGCUGCCUAUCAGCCCUUUCAUGGACCGGUCUGCUCCCCAGCUGGCCAACCUGCAGGAAUCCUUCAUCUCGCACAUUGUGGGUCCUCUGUGCAACUCCUAUGACUCAGCAGGGCUCAUGCCAGGAAGAUGGGUGGAUGACAGCGAUGAAUCAGGAGACACAGAUGAUCCAGAGGAGGAGGAAGAAACCACAGCACCAAAUGAAGAUGAAACCUGUGAAAAUAGUGAAUCUUCAAGAAAGAAAACUUUCAAGAGGAGGAAAAUCUACUGCCAAAUAACCCAGCACCUCCUACAGAACCACAAAAUGUGGAAGAAAGUCAUUGAAGAAGAGCAGCGGUUGGCGGGCAUAGAAAAUCCAUCCCUGGACCAGACCCCUCAGCAGCACUCCUCAGAGCAGAUCCAGGCCAUCAAGGAAGAGGAAGAAGAAAAGGGGAAACCGAGAGCAGAGGAGAUCUCAGUCCCAAAACCGAACCUGUGACCAUGGGUAGAACAAGUUGUGUUUCUAGACAGGUUAUUUUGUCACAGACUCUUUUCAAACCAGCACAACACUUAGACACAACACUGUAGAAAUAUGAGAAGAUGGGCAAGUGGCUAUUGCAUUUGGGAUCCUUGGCAUUUGAUGUGUUCAUUUUUACAGUGGAGUACCUUGUUGAAAACUUUUGCUCCAAGAAGCUUUCACAUUGUGACACCAGCUUCUAAGGAUUUUUUUUUAAGGAAGAAAUAUAUAUGUGUGUGUGUAUAUAAGUUCCCACAUAAAUACAUGUAAACAUAUUCACCCAUGCACACGCAUACACACAUAUACACUGAAAGCCAGGAUGACUGGCUCCACAAUUUAGUAUCAUUUAUAUUAAGAUUUGUAGUGGUCACUGUGAUAUAAGAAAUCAUAAAGGAGAACAAAUCACAAGGGAACUGGUGUGGAUUAGCAAGGAAACAGUGCAGCAAUGUAGGUUACCAACUAAGCAGCUUUCAUUCUUCGUACCCAGGGAGGGAAGUUCCAGAGGACUAUGUGAAUUCUGAUAUACCCUGACAACACCGU